ACGACCACAGAAGAGCUGAACGAGGAAUAAAACGCGUAUGAUGCUACAGAUAAGAGGGAAUAAUAACAGCUUGAACUUGUUCUUUUUUUCCCUGCUAAACCUCUCCUCAUCUCUGUUUUAUUCUGCUCUCCUUGUCUGUCUUUUCAAACCAUUUAGUGAAGUGCCUCUGACCUCAUCUGCUGAGUGCAGCUGGACUGAAUUCAAAUUGGGAAUGUACAACAGUGAGUAAGGACUUUUUUGAGGAACUCCUGCCAAAGAGAGAGCAAGAGACUAGAAGAGCGAGCUGUCUGAGGACUCCCUGGGAGUUAGUGUGGACCUGUGGGAGACAGGAGGGUUGUAAGAUGAGUCUAAACACCGGUCAGACUCUGACCAUCAGUGGACAGGACUUGACCAGAAAUGGCAGCAGCAACCGAGCUCCCUGGGAAGAUGCUAGGGCAGUUGUGAAGCCCUCCACCCCCACCAGGAAACCACCCAAGCCGGAGAAUGCUGUCACCAUCGCGGUGUCAUCACGAGUCCUCUUCAACAUGGAGAAAGAGCAGCACAUCUAUGAGCAGCAAGGCAUGGAAGAGUACAUCAAGUAUCAAGUGGAGCAUGAAACGCUGCCAUUCAGUCCAGGACCUGCCUUCUCCUUCGUCAAGGCUCUGGAGGCUGUGAACGCUCGACUGAGGGAGCUUUACCCUGAGAGUGAGGAGCUCUUUGAUGUUGUGCUCAUGACCAACAACCACGCAUAUGUCGGAUUAAGACUCAUCAAUACCAUCAAUCAUCACCAGCUGUUCAUUGAGCGCUUCUGUAUGACGGGGGGAAAUAGUCCCAUAGGCUACUUGAAGGCUUACCACACCAACCUGUACCUGUCUGCUGACCCAGCCAAGGUUCGAGAAGCUCUGGAAGAAGGCAUAGCAGCAGCCAUCAUGUUCACCCCGGAGAAGAUGACGGAAGUGUCGGAGACUCAGCUGCGUGUCGCCUUUGAUGGUGACGCUGUCCUCUUCUCUGAUGAGUCUGAGCGCAUUUACAAAGCCCAUGGACUGGACAAGUUCUUUGAGCACGAGAAGGCACAUGAGAACAAACCUCUGGACCAUGGACCAUUGAAAGGUUUCCUGGAGGCUUUAGGAAAGCUGCAGAAGAAGUUUUAUGGCAAAGGCCAGCGCAUGGACUGCCCCAUCCGGACCUACUUGGUGACAGCCCGCAGCGCAGCCAGCUCUGGUACCAGAGCCCUAAAAACUCUGCGCUCGUGGGGCCUGGAGAUAGAUGAGGCUCUUUUUCUGGCAGGGGCACCCAAGGGUCCCAUGCUUGAGAAGAUCAGGCCGCAUAUUUUCUUUGAUGACCAGAUGUUUCAUGUGGAGGGGGCAGCGGAAAUGGGGACAGUAGCAUGCCAUGUGCCCUACGGGAUUGCUCAGAAAGUUACCAAGAAAGGCAUUAAGGACAAGGAGACUUCUUAAGCACCCAAGUAGCUUGACAUCAGUGUGCAGCUGUGCAGAGGAAUAAAGUGACAUUUCACUUUGUCUUUCAGCAGCUGAGGAGGUUAUAAGUGUAGGUGAUGCAAUGUGACCUGUAUAUAACAUGUGAUUAUAUAGUAAUAAUAGUCAGUUAAUAACAUUUAAGCUCAGACGGUUAUGUUAUCCAUGGGUUUAUAAAGAGAUGCAACUUUCUAAUGAGGAACUCCUUACUGACUGCAGGUGUAACUUAACUGUUAACAAAUAAUAUACGGAAGCUUUAUAGAUUAAUUAUAAGUCUAUAAGAAUAAUGCCUUCCAGUGACUUGACCAUAUGACUACAUGGAAAGGGCUGCAGAGGACCUAGACCAAAAUCUAUUUAUUUGGCACAUAUUAACUUCUUAUUAAUGUUUUAACCAACAUUUGUGACGGCGUUGUUACAAACAGAGAGGAUAAACACCAACAUGAUUGUUCUCAAUCUAGCAAUCUAAGUUCUUAUUAACCAUUAAUAAAGCCAUUAGUUAGAACUUAUGAAGCCUUUAUAAAAACUGCCUUAUUACAAAGAAAUAGUGUUGAUCAUUUUUCAAAUUUUCGUCUGCCAUUGGAAAUUUAACUCACAUACCACCACCCUCCUGUACUCUCUAUAUUUAUAUACUUUUACUCACACCCGUGUACUUUUUUGAAAAGUUGAAAAUCCUUUCAAAAUAAAGGAUCUACAAAUUCAGCAAUAUUUAUUUAGAUACCAAUUUUCUGAGGAAACAGGAAGUAACUGAAGGCUGAUUUUGACAGAAAGGGAGUCUGACUGCAGCCUGCACCCAUUGGGAUUCAUACAUCAGUCUGCUGUUUGUCUGUGUGUUUUGAAAGCUGUGCCUUUUUCUCAUUAUUCUCAUUAUUAUUAUUAUAUCACAUUUUUGUUGUUGUGUUGUUGGUAUACGUAUGUAUGGUGUAAAUGUUGUUGUAUAUGAAUGUACUUUAAGACUGCAAAUGAAGCAUAUCAGUAAAAACU